GCACCCACCCGGCAUUGGACAGGAAAGGGUGGGGUACGGGUGGGAGCAGGCGCGAAGCUUGGCAGCUCCAUCCAGAUGCGAAUUGUCCUUCCCACACUUCUCGGCCCCGGAGGCCUCCAUUAGAGCCCCAGAGGAGUUAGAAUCCACACCUCCACAAAUGGACCCGCUUUCCCAGGGCCCCCCUCCCAGACCUUCCCCGGGCUCUGUGGGUUUUGACACCUCUCUGCAACCUGGCAGGAGGCCACCUCACACCUUUAGUCCGGAUAAAAGCUCAGUCCUGGAAGUGGCCCCAGUCUCUCAGCCCGCAGCUCCGGCCAUGGCCCGCUCCCCGCCGCCUCCGCACGGCCUCGUUGGCCUCGACCCCUGGGUCUUCUCCCCGGGCUGGGGCUGGGCCGGCCACGCGGACUCCACGUCGCCCGCCUCCUCCUCCUCGGACUCAUCCGGCUCAUGCCCCUGCGACGGCGCCCGCGGCUCCUCGCAGCUCGCACUCUCGGCCCGCAGCGCCCACGCCUCGGAGGCCACCGCGACGGCGCCCCGACGAGCACGGCCGGGACCCACGGGGGGACCGCGGCGCAGCGCCAGCGAGCGCGAGAAGCUGCGCAUGCGCACGCUCGCCCGCGCCCUGCUGGAGCUGCGCCGCUUCCUGCCGCCGUCCGUGGCGCCGGCCGGUCAGAGCCUUACGAAGAUAGAGACACUGCGCCUGGCUAUUCGCUACAUCGGCCACCUGUCGGCCGUGCUAGGCCUCGGCGACGACGGUCUGCGGCGGCGGCGGCGGCGGCAAGUGGACGCGCCGUCCCCGCGGGGCUGCCCUCUGUGCCCCGACAGUGGCGGAGCAUCCUGGGGGCCCCCUACAACCCACUCGGGACCCAGCCCCGCGCCCGAGAGCCUGGGGAACAGGGUCUCCGACCCAAAUCCCUGGAGGCCACCCCCUUACUGCCCCAAGAUACAGUCGCCCAUGCACCAGCCCCUGGGGAGAGCCCCCGAAGCUGCUCUUUGGAUGCCGCCCCAGGCCAGUGGGGGGAACCAGCCAUCACCAGAGCCGUCAAGCGCCACUGUGCCCUGGACGCCCCCACCUGCGCCCCCGGAGCUAGUGGCCGUGUACCAGGGGAUCUCUGUGUUGCCAGAGCCCUGUCUGUCACUGGGGAGCCCACCCCACCGGCCCCACCCGUCAUGCCAGAGACUCCAGCCUCAGACCCCAUGGGGGUGCUGGGGCCACAGUGCCGAGCUGCUCCCCAGCUCAGAGGCCCAGGGACCCGGGCUCAUCUUCCAGCCUGGUGACAUGAGCCCUGCCCAGCGCUCAGGCCCUCGGCUCAGCAGCUGCCCUGAACUUUGGCAAGAAGAUUUGGAGAGGACCCAUCUGGGCAUCUUCUACUAACGGCCUUGCAGCCCCCCUUUUCAGCCUGAAUGAAGUAAGGCCUGUGUGAACACUGGUCAUGUGCUUCUUCGGGGGCUUUUUAAACUUCCUUUUGCCAAGGAGCCCCUGUGCCUAUUAUGGAAAGUGUCGGGAACAGAUAUCGGCUGUCCUCCCUGGUCACAGUGGGGGCCUCCACUGUCAGGCACCACCUUGCAGAGACCUGUGCACAGCAGAGCACAGUCCAGGCUGCUUUGACUGGGCCGCUGCUUGACCCCCAAGGAGGCCAAGCUGGGACUGGUGGGGAAGGGUGUGGGAGCCAGGCCCGUGCCCUGCCUCUGGGUAACUGUUGGCCAGAAUCCUGUAUGUUAGUUACUCUUCAUUCUUUAAAAAAACAAAAACACACCU